AUGCCGCCGUCUCUUUGUUUGUGUUUUGUUAAGGCUGAAGGUGUUUUGCCUCUGGUUCAUAUGGAAGGACAGAGUAGCCUCACCGACCCGAUGCAAUUGGUGCCGUUGGAUUUUUGUGGGGAUGCUGCCAUUGAUGUCUCUCAGGCAACUGGAGAUGAUCCAAGCCAACAAGUUAGCAUGGCAGCUGAAGGGACUGCAUACCAAACUGAUGAUCUUUUUUCACCUUGGUGGACUGAAAAACCAAAGCCAUCUCUCAAUUCUCUCAAUUGUGUUGAGUUUCUAGCAGAAAGUUCAACAUUUCUCCCAAAGGAUCCUUGUGAAGAUAUAUUAGAAAGCAUUCCUUUAUCUGUUUCUGGCAUAGAUGAUGUUGGUGGGGUCUCUGAAUUUCAAAGAGAUAUGUUGUACAGCAGUCUUGGAAAUGCUUGCGGUUCUAAACUAACUGAUUUCUCUAUGGACAUGGACGAUUGGAAGGUGAGAUGUCUGAGGCCAGUGAAUGACGAACUUGUGAAUGCACAACAUCAACUUCACGCCAAGUAUCAUACUUCAAGGACAGAUAAUUUAUAUGGGGAUAAAAAGGAUAGUGUUUCUCAAGUUGAUCCAAGAGCAAGAAGUGCUUUACCUGAUUUUCAUUCCCAACCACAUCGCCACAUUUCGACACAGAGAACUGCUGUAACUGAUCGUAGUCGCAGGAUGCGAAUUGCUGAAAGACUUGAUGCAUUGCGAGAACUGCUUCCAAUAUCCACAGAGGGUGGUCAGUCAUUUGUAGUGGAUGAUGUAAUUGACCAUAUCAAGUUUUUGCAGCUUCAAAUAAAGGAUUUAUGUAGAAGCAGAUUGGGAGGUGAAACAAUUACUGAACCUAUCAUAUUCCGUGAGGGAUAUGGUCACUACUUUUGCCACCAGAAUAUGCUGAAUGAACCUCUUGAAGAGAUGAUGGGAAAAUUGCUGGAGACAAAUCCAAUGGCAGCAAGUCAGCUGUUGGAGAACAAGGAUCUUUUGCUGCUGCCAAUGGAUUACUCUGAACCAUUAGCUUGA